AUGGGCAAAAAAAUCAAUGAAGAAUUGUUACGCCAACGAGCAGAACACAACGAUGGCGAACUAUCAACGCUCAAGGAAAUCACCCUCCAUCAAUUCGAUCUGGAAAAGAUUGAGAAUCUGGAUGUUUACUGCCGACAUUUGCAAAUCCUCUUUCUGCAAAACAAUCUCAUUCCAAAACUUGAGAACCUAAACAAGCUCAAAGAACUAUCUUAUCUCAACAUGGCAAUCAACAAUGUCACAAAACUGGAGGGCCUGGAAGGCUGUGAAUCACUGAGUAAAUUGGACUUGACUCUAAACUUUAUCGAGGAUCCAUUGGAUGUGGAAUCAUUGGCCAAGAAUGAAUUGUUGCGGGAACUAUACCUGGUGGGAAAUCCAUGUAGUCAGCAGCCGGGCUAUAGAGAGUUCGUCAUUACAGCCCUCCCUCAACUGAUAUCACUAGAUGGACGAGAGAUUGAACGCUCAGAGAGAAUCCAGGCUCGUCAAGUAUUCGAUGGGAUACGAGCAAGAUUUAUAGAGGAUCGCGAGAAGAGGUUGAAUGCUGUGGAAGAAACUCCAGUAGUGGUCGUGGAGCCCGAAGCUUUGGAGGAUCUAGGCGAUCUGUCCAAGGAAGAAAUACUCGAGAAAAAGAAGCAAGAAUUCCAAAAGAAACCAGUCCCAUAUACUCCUGCCGCCCGUGUAGAAGCCGCCCGUGACAUUGAACAAUUCAACGAAAAGGAACCACCAAAACCAGACCCACUUCGUCCCAUAAAAGCACCAUUAAAGCUGUUCACAGAUGACGGAACACCGUUACAAAAAAAUCAAGGCAAAUGGAAUUUCCAUGUAUCGAAUACCAACCAGACGCUAGCACUACAUCUAGAACUACCCAAACUAAUGGAUACAAGUCUUAUUGACGUGGACGUGCAUUCGACAUAUGUUACCGUCACGGUCAAGGGCAAAGUGUUUCAGCUGGUGCUUGACGAAGAGGUGGAAUCCGAGGGUGUCUUAUGUGAACGGAGCCGUCUUACAGGUGAAUUGGUAAUAACGAUGAUUAAAGCGGGCCAUAAAGACGUGGAUGUUAGGAGGAUACGGGUACUGGAUGAGGGCAAAAUCAGUAAAAGUGCUGAACCGGUGAAGAAGUUGAGCAGAUAUCAGGAAAUGGUGACGGGUGCAGCUGUUGAUUAUCGUAAUAUUGUGUCGGAAGCUGCUGUUAAACCAAGUAAGCCAAUACAACAGCACUCUGCAUCAAAGAUUGUGGAACGGAAGGGCGCAAUCGCUCAAGCUGCUGAACCUGACUUUGAAGAUGAUCCAGAUGUGCCUCCACUAUACUAG